GGGAGAUUGGCGCGCUUGUGGCAAGUAAUUUUAGCGAUUCAGUUUCUCUCAGUGACGCUUCAGAAGUCGAGGGUGUGGGUGCCCGACUGGAACUCAUCUGAUCAUUGAUAAAAGCCACGAUGUCUGUCACUCAGGUUCAGUCAACGGAUGAAUUCAAGAACAAGUUGAAAGAGGCUGGCAACAAGCUGGUGGUGGUGGACUUUUAUGCCACAUGGUGCGGCCCCUGCAGGCAGAUUGCUCCUAAAAUUCAGGCGAUGGCCAAGGAGCACACGGACGUGGUGUUUCUGAAGGUGGACGUCGAGGAGCUGGAUGACCUGGCGGCCGAGUACGAGAUCAGCUGCAUGCCCACCUUCGUCUUCAUCAAACAGGGCGCCAAGGUCACGAGCUUCUCGGGCGCCAACGCUGACAAGCUGCUGGAGCUGGUGACGCAGAACAAGUAGACGCCAUCGGUGGCUCGGACCUCGGGCAAUCACUCACCCCACAGGGCCGGGCGGCGGUGGUGACUGCCGCGACACCUAUUUUGGUGUGAGCGGUGGCGCAGCGCCACCUGCCGCCCGGGGUGGCCAACAUUCCAGCUGCCCGUCAUUCGCCUCACCUCGCGUCGCCGCGGGCGGCCAGCCCGGCGACCGAGGAGCAUUCAAGUGUGCUUCGUUGUUGCGCCUUAUCCAGUACUUGCACACUUCUGUUAUCGACGAGUCUCUCUGUAAUGCGUGUCAUGUUGCGACUGGACACCGGUAAGUUAAUACAAUCAGGUUGGCGUUU